UGGGUUCUUGCAGCAUGGACGAUGCUCAGUGUCUUCCUGUCACGUGGUGUCAUCGGGGAACCUCGGCUUGGUUCGGUUGUCAGGACAACGACCUACGGGAUAGUCCGAGGUUAUGUGUACACUCUUUUCGAUGGCAGAGAGGUGGAGAGGUAUCUAGGGGUACCCUUUGCCAAACCACCUGUGGGCGUUAGGCGCUUUGAGCUCCCCGAAGUCCCGACCAAGUGGAGCGGUAUCAAGAACGCAACGACUGUCUCCCCGGCGUGCAUCCAGUCUCUCCUGCACGGCUUCUACAUCAAGUCUCAUGAUCCUAGCUUCGACGACAGACAGAGUGAGGACUGUCUUUACCUCAAUAUUUACGUACCCAGGUUUUCUGAGUGCCCCGCACCUAGGAAUUCCCGGCAACUUUGGACUGCACGAUCAGAUCAUGGCGUUCAAGUGGGUGCAGCAGAACAUUGCCAGCUUUGGAGGUGACCCCGCGAAGGUCACGGUCGAAGGUCACAGUGCAGGGGGCGUGGACGUGGGUCUGCAUAUUUUGUCACCAUUGUCAAAAGGUUUAUUCCGAUCUGCCAUCCUCCAAAGCGGUUCUCCCUUGUCGUACUGGGCGGUGCACCCUCAGACCGACCCGUCAGACACGUCCAAAGGUCCGAUCCACCACCUGGAAGACCUGGGCUGUCACUUCCCGGGUGACCCCCACCGCACUAAGCUCUGCUUACAGCAGCUGGAUUACAAGAAACUGGCCAAAAAGGUGUACUGGACCUGGCUCUCUAUGUUUAUAAGCCGUGGGAAGAUCCGCUCAACGUAACUGCCAAUAUGAUUGCCCUAUCCGACCUAGCGGGAGACGUGACGUUUACAGCCCCGGCAGUCAAGGUCGCCAAUUUUCUGGCCGACCCCAACAGCAACAACGUGUACAUGUACAGCUUUGAGCACUUGUCGGAAAAAUCGGUCUUUCCGCGGUGGAUGGGUGUACCGCACGGCGAGGAUCUGUUCUACCUGUUCGGCUGUCCACUCACCGGACACUCCAAGCGGAACUACACGUCCGCCGACCAGGACGCUAGUCGGGCUUUGAUAGCGUUCUGGUCCAGCUUCGUCAGAGACGGGCGGCCCUCGGCUCCUAACGGAAGUAGCACCACCAGCAUCCAUCCGUACGGCGCCAACCAGAGCUACGUGCGAAUCUUCCACGACCCGUCGUCUGGCGGCGUCCGGUACAAGAACGAGCGGCACUUGCGGGCCAGAUACUCCACCUUCUGGAACUUUCUGGUUCCCGCGCUGGUCGUGCCGCAGGGAGAGCCCGGCCUGAACAACUACGUGGUUGUCACGUGGGUCUUGGUGGGGAUUCUGUGUCUCGUCUUUAUGGUCUGUCUGAUCUUAGUGCUGUGUAUCGUUUAUUAUAAAAAGAAAUUGUCGAAUCGCGCUUACCUCAAGCAGUCGGGAACCGAGGACACGGGGAACAUGCUGUUAUAGAUAAUGUUGCUGACACGUUUAAGAAUUCAAUACUCAACACAUUUAAUAUUAUUAUAAUUACGAUUUGCAAUAAAGCCCCUGAAGGGAAUUUUCUGUGGCCGGGGAAACGAAGCAUGUUAAAAAGCCAAUUUUCCUCCUCCAUCGGCUUGAUUUUUUCAUAACCCCCUCCAUAAUAAUAAUAAUAAGAAGAAGAAAAAGAAGAAGAAGAAGAAGAAGAAGAAGAAGAAGAAGAAG